UGUGCAUGCACAGUCAACAUGGAGAGGGAGAGCAAAGCGGUCAGCAAAGGCGAUGGCCCCGAUUUCCCUGCGGAGCUGGAGUACGAAUCGGGUUUCGGGAACCACAUGGCGUCGGAGGCCAUCCCGGGAGCUCUGCCGCAGGGCCAGAAUAGCCCGCUCGUCUGUCCCUACGGUCUCUACGCCGAGCAGAUCUCCGGCACCUCCUUCACCGCCCCUCGCAAGCUCAACCUUCGCAGUUGGCUAUAUCGGAUCAAACCAUCAGUUACACACGAACCAUUCAAACCUCGUGUCCCAGGUCAUGGGAAGCUCGUGAGCGAAUUUAACCAGUCCAACAGUUCUACCACGCCAACACAACUUCGAUGGAAGCCUGAAGAUAUUCCGCAUUCACCAACAGAUUUCAUUGAUGGGUUAUACACCGUAUGUGGGGCUGGCAGCUCAUUCCUACGGGAUGGAUUUGCUAUUCACAUGUACACGGCCAACAAGUCAAUGGAUAAUUGCGCCUUUUGCAAUGCUGAUGGUGACUUCUUGAUAGUCCCACAAGAAGGAAGGCUAUGGAUUACUACUGAAUGUGGAAGAUUGCAAGUUUCCCCUGGUGAAAUUGCCGUUUUACCUCAAGGAUUUCGUUUUUCUGUUAAUCUACCUGAUGGCCCAUCACGUGGUUAUGUUGCUGAGGUUUUUGGUACACAUUUUCAACUUCCUGAUCUUGGACCCAUAGGUGCUAAUGGUCUUGCUGCUCCAAGGGAUUUUCUUGUUCCUAAGGCCUGGUUUGAAGAGAGUUCAUGUCCAGGCUACACUAUUGUACAGAAGUUUGGUGGCGAAUUGUUUACCGCAAGACAAGAUUUCUCUCCCUUCAAUGUAGUUGCUUGGCAUGGUAAUUAUGUUCCAUAUAAGUAUGAUCUGAGUAAGUUCUGCCCUUACAAUACCGUCUUAUUUGAUCAUAGUGAUCCAUCAAUAAACACAGUAUUAACAGCACCAACUGACAAACCUGGUGUGGCGCUUCUUGAUUUUGUCAUUUUUCCUCCCCGAUGGUUGGUUGCUGAGCAUACAUUCCGGCCUCCAUAUUACCAUCGCAAUUGUAUGACUGAAUUUAUGGGCCUCAUUCAUGGUGGAUAUGAGGCAAAAGCUGAUGGGUUUCUCCCAGGUGGUGCUAGUCUUCAUAGCUGCAUGACUCCCCAUGGCCCUGAUACCAAGACAUAUGAGGCAACCAUUUCACGUGGAAAUGAGGCAGGGCCGCAUAGAAUUACUGAUACCAUGGCUUUCAUGUUUGAGUCGUUUUUAAUGCCUCGCAUUUGCCCGUGGGCUCUUGAGUCCCCCUUCAUGGAUCCUGACUAUUACCAGUGUUGGAUUGGACUGAAAUCCCAUUUUCAACGUGAUGGGGCAAAUGAAAAAGACAUAAAUAAUAGGAAUGGACAUGAUGAGACCAAAAUUGGAGCCCAUCAUGGCUGAUAUACAAAAUCGACAUUAUCAGACUAGAAGCAAGGAUAUGUCCCUCCAGCAUGUACAAAAUUCCAUGAAAAAUUAUAGAAAGUAUGAAGGAAUGAGCAUAUGUAGGAAUAGUUGAUGUUUUCUGGUUGCCUUCUUGUCGUUGUCUGUAUAAAAAUAUGAGUGUAUAAACCAUGUAUGGAUUGAUAUAAAGGAAUGUAAUUGGAUUUUUCCUAA